AUGUCUCGGAGAGGCAUCAACCGCACUGGUAAUUCAUCUACAGAGUUACCUGAGUACGAACCACCAACAUGUCCACUCACCGAUGUUGCUCGCCGUAAGCUGCACGACUUGUCAAACACCCGCUCAACGGCUGCAUAUCAACAGCAGAUCAACGAAUCUGUCCGAUUGCUUGGCUUUAGCAUCAGUGAUAUACACGAGAGAUUGCGCGUGCAGCGUGAAGAGCUGGCCCGUCUAAAAGCCCGAAGAGAGGAGAAAGAGACAGAGAAAUCCGAGGACGAGCAACGCCUUGAAGCUCAUCUCCCUGAACUGGAGGAGCGCAUCAACACACUGACAGCGGCAUCGGAACAGGCCAUUCGUGAUAUGAUUGAUCGCAGAGCCGAAUUGGAAGAUGAAGAUGUCAUGUUCAGCGAGUUGUAUGACAAGGCCAGUGCAGAAGCUGCCCAACAAAGACAAGUGGACGCUCAGCGAGGCGAGCAGGACGGCGAGCAGGACGACGAGCAGGAGCCGCUGGCUGCAACAAGCCUACUUGAAAUCUACAAAGAACUGCGCCAGAAGAAAGACGCUGAAUAUACUAAAAUGUCCGCCCACCAGCGUUAUGCUCUCAACAACGACUACGCUGGCUUCAAAAAGCUGUGGCACGAUGCUAUGGCUGGCGAUGAGGGGCCUCCACUGCCCGAUGCCUCACGCUGGUUUACUUCCGACGGCGAACCUAUCAUGACUAUUGAUGUCAAAGGAGCCGGUGCCGGGGGCGGAGACGACGACGAUGAUAUUGCUGUUGAGCGCGAGGUCAAGAGCAUUAACUGCCCCUUGACACUACAACCCAUGAAGGAUCCUUACACCAACCGAAACUGCAAACAUACAUUCGAGAAGGCCGCUCUGCUCGAGUAUCUACCCAUGCGAGGAGAGUCUCAAUGUCCACAAGCAGGAUGCUCGCAGAAAUUCACGCGUGCGCGAUUCGACCACGAGUUCUUCCAGGACCAAGCCAUGGCGCGCCGUAUCAAGCGUGUUCGUCUGGCACAGCAGCAGCAGGAAAUGAUGGACGAAGAUGACGAAGGCGACGGCGACGACGAACUUCGAGUUAGAGGCUCACAGGCUGUCCCCGGAAGGCCGCUCAAGAGGGAGAGGAGAGGAGAAUGA